GUACAUGUACAUGUAUACCUGGGGGUGACACUUGAUUUGGAAAGCUGAAUGCACUUUAUCUAGCAAAAAGAAAAUCAUAAUAGACGCAAUUUUAUUGGUGACUGUACAAUCUAUGAAUGUAUGAAAAGGUAUUGAAAGCAUGCUAACAGACUGCCAGUAGCCCUACAUCAUUUCCGGGUGUGACUACAACUCGUCCAGAAUGGACAGCAGGCGUGCAGUUUGUGCAGUCUUUGUUCUUUACCUAGCGGCAAGUCUUCAGCUGACUUCGUGCCAAGAUCUUACUGGAUGUGGAGGCUCAAAAGGCUGCUACAGGCACCCGUCAGAUUGCACCGGCGAUAACUGCAUUGCGUUCGUCACGUGGGAGAAUGUUGGUGACGGCAGAACGCGUUUCUCUAUGAGGGCGUCACAGACGGAAAAUCUCGCUUGGGUGGCAGUUGGACUGCGACCCGAAUCUGUACCCGCUGGCAUGGUGCCAGCAGAUGUGUACGUCUGUACCAAAGAUGGGACAGGUGUGGAAAGGAGUGAAAACAUUCUAACUGACGCUGGGCGUUGGAACUCGGUUGCAAGAUACAUUCCUGAUAAUUCUGUAACCACUGAGUUAUUGUCUUACGCCGACAAUGUGAUCAGUUGCGUCUUCACACGAAUCGCCAGCAUUGCAACUGGCGAUGCGACUUUCUACGACAUAAGCGGGGACAAUGCCUACUACCUUUUGCUGGCUGUCGGCAACGGCAUCAAUGCUGAUGGAACCAUUAAUUCUACUUACCAUGCUGCGCGUCGAGAGACCCCCAUAGCUUUGAAGUUACAGUCAGACUUUGUCGUGCCGCCUGAACCAGAGCUGCUCGGUUGCGGCACGACUCGAGGCUGCUUCAGGCAACCUCCAACGUGUGAGGGUGACGACUGCACAGCGUUCUUGACCUGGGAAAACACAGCUGAUGGCCAGACGCAGUUUGCUUUAAGGGCCUCGCUAAACGGUAGUCUUAGCUGGGUGGCCUUUGGCCUUCGACCAGCGGCAACAACCGAGGGCAUGAGCCCAGCAGAUGUGUAUGCCUGCACUAGAAACAGUGAAGUCAAGCGGUCAGAAAAUGUGAGUCCGUACGAUUCAGCAGCCCGAGUCAUUCCAGCUAAUACAGUGACCCCAUCCCUGGCUGUCUAUUAUACAAUUCCGAAUUUUGUGACUGUUAUCGAGUGCGUUUUUACGAGAAAAGCCAGCUUAGCAGGCGAUGCAACUUUCUACGACAUAAGCGGGGACAAUGCGUACUACCUUUUGAUGGCUAUCGGCCUCGACAUUAAUGCUGAUGGCACUAUUGCUGGGAAGAUACACUCACAACGUUGGCCAGCAGCUAAUGCUUUGAAGCUACAGUCGGAAUUUGCUCUACCAACUCCCCCACCAGCAACCCCCAAACCAGGUGGAGAUCUGGUUGGAUGUGGUGAAACCAAAGGUUGCUUCUCGCAGCCGACGGGUUGUUCUGGUAGUAACUGUCAGGCCUACGUAACUUGGCAAGGACUGCAGGACGGUCAGGUUCGCUUCGUCAUGAUGGGACAGGCUCAGGGGUGGGUAGCAUUCGGGCUACGACGGUCAAACAUCAAUAACGGGAUGAGCCCAGCAGAUGUGUAUGCCUGCACUAGCGAUAGGGAAGUCAAGCGGUCAGAAAAUGUGAGUCCGCUCAAUUCAGAAGCCCGAGUCAUUCCAGCUGACACCUUGACCCUGGAAACUAUUCAAUUUGAGAAUAACGCGAUCACCUGUACCUUCACCAGGCAACCCUUUUUGCAAGGUGACGACACGUUCUACAACAUCAGUGGCGAUAAUGCGUACUAUGUCUUGAUGGCAAUUGGAGCGUCCAUCAACGCUGACGGUACUAUUGGUGGCAACAGACAUACAGACAGGUGGUCUACUACCGAAACACAGAAGCUGACGGAAUUUGGUGCAGCUACUGGCGAACCGGACCCUGUUGGCUUGGCCAAAGCUCAUGCUUCUCUGAUGAUGAUUGCCUGGAUCGGUUUUGCAAGCAUCGGCAUCACACUGGCCCGCUUCUUCAAACCACUGUGGCCUGAUUCGAAACUCCUUGGUCAAAAAGUCUGGUUCACUAUCCAUCGGGCAUGCAUGGUGUCCUGCCUCUUGUGUUUCUGCGCUGCCUUUAUUCUGAUCUUCGUCUACAAGAGAGGCUUCGUCGACACCGGGAAUGCCGUGACCGUCGCCCACGCCAUAUGCGGAAUCAUAGUGACGUGCCUGGGGAUCGCCAACCCAAUUAUGGCCAUCUUCAGACCUCACCCAGGCACGCCCAAACGACCAAUCUUCAACUGGGCCCAUUGGAGUGUGGGAACCCUAGCCCACCUGUUGGGAUUGGUGACCGUCUUCUUGGGCAUCGGCUACCAGACGUCCCUCCUGAGUGGCCUGGCCAGCUACAGCUUCUUCAUCAUGCUGGCCUUCGUUAUCUUCCACGUGGUCAUGUGGGUCCUCUUCGAAGUCAUGGGACGCAUGGCGGAGAGCAAAGUAGCGGUAAAACCAGCCCUUCCUCAGCAACCUGACACCGAUCCUAAUCCGGAUGAGCCAGGUCGUAGCAAUGACAUGCCACUCAAGACGGCAGGUGGGGAUUCGAACCAACAGCUAGCUAACACAGACACCGAACCACCGGCAGAUGAAGAAGGGGAGAAUUUGUCGCAGAUCACAGAUGAGGGCGCAGCAGCCAAGAUGAUCCUCCUCUGCAUCUACGUCGUGGGCGUGGUCGCUUUCCUCAUCUGUUUAGUUGUUUUCGUUGGACUGGCUUGAGAUUAGGUGUCUUCACCGUGGAGCAAGAAACAGCACAAAAGUACUCAGGUAAUCAUCGUCGUCAUUUUUUCCAAACUACAGAAGAAACUACUCAAUUAACUUCAUUCUCUUUUGUAUAAACCCAAGACAUGACAAUACUACUGCAUUGUGGGAAAAGCAAGCUAAGUCUGUAAUUUCUCCCAAAAAUAAGAAAUUCUGGUUUGACACUUUGUUUUGUAAGGUUUUUUUGUUUUUAUAUCUGCAGAUAUUGACAAGUACCCACAUGGAACAGACACAUGUUGACUACUUUAGGC